AUGCAAGUGCAAGGAAUAAAAUUGCUUGGAUUCUGCUUAAUUCUCGUACUCGUCAACAUUGGGAUAUCGGGUGGCAUUGGCGGAGGUUAGUAAUUUCAAAGUCGCGAGGUUAUAAAUAAAAACGUUACUUAACGAUUUGUAAUUAAACAAUUUCUUUUAGAACAUUCCCUCACGUUUAAGUCAUUACGUUCGUACUUUGACACAAGUAUUGGAACAGAUGUGUUUUUUGAAAUUAUAUAUCCACCGGAAUUGGAGUAUACAUACAAAUUAAGACCGGCGAAAGACUUUGGAGCGCCAUUCAAUGCAAGUUUUUUGGAAGAAGGAAUUCCUUUAGUUCCAACUGAUCCUCCUCAUGGUUGUCAAGUAGCAAAAAAUGCCAAAGAAUUAAAAGGUAGAAUUGCGUUAGUCGAAAGAGGAGACUGUAGUUUUUUUGCUAAAAGUAUAAUGGCUGAAGAAGCUGGAGCGAAGGCUGUAAUUAUAGCAGAUUAUCACUCAUCUUCUAUUGAAGAAUCAAUAACUAAUUCUCUAUGGACUGAGUAUUACUAUAUAGAGAUGAUACGCGACGAUACGAUUCCGUCGACAAAGACAGUAAACAUUCCCGCUGGAUUUUUGCUCGGUAAAAACGGCAAAAUAAUCCGGCAAACUCUAAAACGUUUGAAUCAACCAUUUGCCUUAAUCAAUAUCCCGGUGAAUUUAACUUAUACUUCUCUGGAUAAAUUACAUCAACCUCCUUGGUUGUUCUGGUGA